CUGUAUGUUCCCCAUGUAUCUUUUGUAUGGAUGUAUUAUUGUUAAUACAAAUGAGUACAAUUAGGUGGACGUGUCUCUUUAAGAACGUCGGUGAACACGUGUGCAGCGCUCUUCACUUGGAGAAAAAAAAAGUUUGACAUAAGUUUCUGAAAUUACCAAGCAAGUCAUCCAAUUUUUUUCCCACCUACCAACAAUCGUCUAAAGAGAAAGUACUGCAUACUGUUGGAGGAAAUUGACUUGCGACAGUGGAACAAUGAACGGGAUAUCCCAGAAUAUUCAGACUUCAGGAUUUACUCUGGACUUGGGACCCUUGAAAGAGCCCUUGGCGUUUAUUAGAGCGCUCGAAUGGAUCUUCUCCAUAUUUGCCUUCGCUACGACGUCUGGUUAUGCCGGCACUACGAGCAUCAAUGUGCAGUGCCAGGGUCGCAGCACCAGCCAAGAAAUCACUGCUGUCUUUAACUACCCGUUCAGGCUGAUGGCCCAUCCAUACAGCGUCCCCUCCUGUAAGAACGACUCCAGUACUAUCCAGCUUUAUCUGACAGGCGACCACUCUUCCUCAGCUGAGUUCUACGUCUGUAUCGGGGUGUUUGCCUUCCUCUACAGCACCGCCAGCCUGGUGCUCUACCUGGGCUACCAGCACGUCUACAAGCAGACCAGCCGCGGCCCCAUUGUGGACCUGCUGGUGACAGCAGCUUUUACCUUCCUGUGGCUGGUGUCCUCCUCUGCCUGGGGUAAAGGCCUGACCGACGUGAAGUGGGCUACCAGCCCCUCUAACCUGGUGGGCUUAAUCUCCACCUGCAAGGACGUCGGCAACAAGUGCACACCAGGAGCAGUGCCUCACAUGGGGCGACUCAACUCCUCUGUGAUCUUUGGAUUCCUCAACCUAAUACUGUGGGGUGGUAACUGCUGGUUCAUCUUUAAGGAGACGCCCUUCCACAAGACGGCCAACCCCCUUGGUGAUGCCGAGGAGGGUUUAGGUGUCAGACCCAUGACUUCCUAACUGGGCAGCAGUUCCCUGCUGUCAUCGGAUACGUUCCAGACUGCAUGCAAAGCAGUUGCACAAAUUAACCAAUCCUGGGGGCGAAUCCUAACUUCGACUCAAAUUUGCACUUUGUCUACCAUUGGCAUCGAUGCAUGACUAUGUGGAAGUGCAGAUUUGCCCUUAUGUGAUUUCUGACUUGUUAAAUACUUAUGUGUUUUGAGAUUUGGUGUGUGUGUUUCUUUUGCAGACGAUCUGGUAUGGGGCCGAAAUUCCCUCCAACCAAGUAGUUGCUACAUUAUACCGUUUCCAACGCCUUGUGAAGUUGCAUGUCUCAUUCGGUGCAAAUGCUGCUUAGAAAUGUCUUCUAGUAGCUUAUUACGUUGGAAACAGUUUAUUUUCACGCAUUGCCAACAUUGACAGCUCCACAUUUAUUAUUAAAAAGGCUUCCUAAGUGGUCCAUUUUUAAGUUAUCUAAAUGGGUACAAAACUGAACCCAGAGAACACGGAAGGGGGAACGCCAUACAUUUAGGUCAGAACUAGUAACUGUUUAGUUUAACAGUAUAUCCAACACAAUGCAACGAUCAAAUGCAUCCCUCAGUUUAUUGUCAAGAUGUGUGAAUUUCUUUUGUUCAUCAGAAACCAGUGUUUUUCGUCUCACACUGUUAUUUUGAGGAUAGUUUAGUGUUUUUGUUUAUAUUAAAAAAAAGAUCAAUGUAUAUCAAUAACAAGCUGUUAUUCUCUCACACUCUGCUUGUUAUUUACCAAUUCAAAUAAAUAUUCACUCCGUUUUGAAAUGGUCAGACAUUUCAAGUGAUGCUAAAAGCCAUGGAUCACCAGCUAAUGUAGAUUCAGCUGCAGGCCGAUUUUAUUUUAUUUAACAUAUUUUUUUGUGGAUGGUCGGGGCAGGAGAACAUUAAUUACAAAUCAUUUAUAGAUUGCAAGAAAUCCAACCAGAUGUAAUAUUUUGACUGAAACAUGAUUACAAACCUUGCUUACAUUUGAAUACGAUCACAUAUCUCUCUGAUGCGUGGGACUACUUUGAAAAGAUGUUCAAAAUUAAAAUCACUUGUUGCUGAUUCGCUGGUGUUUUUUAGAGUCUUAUGUCCAAUUUAGAACAAUUGUUCAGUAAGCUUUGCGGGCUAAAUGACAUCAAUCUGGCCCGCAGGCCAUCAGAUGGGGAACCCUGCCAUAAGCAAUCCUAACUGUCAUAUCUUUGAAAUGUGCCUUUUUUCCCCCUGUUGUGCAGCAUGGUUUGUCAUAUUGUUUUAACAAUGUUGUAAGAAAAUAAAGCCAUCAGAACUCCUGUU